AGGGGGGAGGGGGGGGCGGUGUAAGGGUGAGUGAUUUCCUUCCGGCACGUCGCCCGCUCCGGGAGAGGAGGUGGGGGGUUUCACUUCCGGGACGGUGUUCCGGCCCAUUCCGGCCCAUUUCCACCCCCGGAGCUCUCACCCCUCCAGUGCCGACGGUAGAGAAAGACUACUCAAGGGGCUUCCUCCUCACUGGGGAGUUGCCGGAAAGAGCAAACCAAAAAGGCGCUCGUGUAGGCUCCAAAAUAAACACAUCUGAAUUCAUGAUGGCAUCGACAGAGGCUCUUAUUGGAUUAAAAGUUUCAAAACAAACAAAAACGCUUUGGAAAAAGCAGGGUUGAAUGCCUGCCUGUAUCCUCAGGCACGACCAUGGAGAAAGGUGGGAACAUACAACUGGAGAUCCCUGACUUCAGCAAUUCUGUCCUGAGCCAUCUAAACCAGCUGCGCAUGCAAGGCCGUCUCUGUGAUAUUGUGGUCAAUGUGCAAGGACAAGCUUUUCGGGCUCACAAAGUGGUACUGGCGGCCAGUUCCCCCUAUUUCCGGGAUCACAUGUCCUUGAAUGAGAUGAGUACUGUCUCCAUUUCAGUCAUCAAGAACCCUACUGUUUUUGAACAGCUCCUUUCUUUCUGUUAUACAGGGAGGAUAUGCCUGCAACUGGCAGAUAUCAUCAGCUACCUGACAGCUGCCAGCUUUCUACAGAUGCAGCAUAUCAUAGACAAGUGUACACAGAUCCUGGAGGGCAUUCAUUUCAAAAUUAAUGUGACUGAGGUUGAAGCCGAAUUAAGUCAAACGAGGACAAAGCAUCAAGAGAGACCUCCGGAGUCUCACAGGGUUACACCAAAUCUAAACCGCUCCCUUAGUCCACGACAUAACACCCCAAAGGGAAACUGGCGAGGUCAGGUUAGUGCAGUGCUGGACAUCAGGGAGCUGAGUCCCCCUGAGGAGUCCACCAGUCCUCAGAUAAUUGAACCAAGUUCUGAUGUAGAGAGCCGGGAGCCCAUUCUCCGGAUCAACCGAGCAGGACAGUGGUACGUGGAGACAGGAGUAGCAGACCGGGGGAUCCGGAGCGAGGAUGAAGUUAGGGUUCUUGGAGCUGUGCAUAUCAAAACUGAAAAUCUGGAGGAGUGGCUUGGGCCUGAGAAUCAGCCUUCUGGAGAAGAUGGGAGUAGUGCAGAGGAGGUCACAGCCAUGGUCAUUGACACCACAGGCCAUGGUUCUGUAGGACAGGAGAAUUACACCUUAGGGUUUUCAGGAGCCAAGGUGGCAACGAGCAGUGAAAUUGACAGAUUUAGCCCGUCUGGCAGUAUUGUUCCCUUGGUGGAGAGACACAGAGCCAGAAGUGAGUCUCCUGGGAGAAUGGAUGAGCCUAAACAGCCCAGCUCCCAGGUGGAAGAGUCAACAAUGAUGGGAGUAAGUGGCUAUGUGGAAUACCUCCGAGAGCAGGAAGUAUCUGAGCGGUGGUUCCGCUAUAACCCACGUCUUACCUGCAUCUACUGCGCCAAAUCUUUCAAUCAGAAGGGGAGCCUAGACCGCCACAUGCGCCUGCACAUGGGGAUCACACCAUUUGUCUGCCGCAUGUGCGGCAAGAAGUAUACCCGAAAAGAUCAGCUGGAGUAUCACAUUCGCAAGCACACAGGCAACAAGCCCUUUCAUUGUCACGUUUGUGGCAAAAGUUUCCCCUUCCAGGCCAUACUGAAUCAGCACUUUCGCAAAAACCACCCUGGCUGUAUACCCCUGGAGGGACCUCACAGCAUCUCCCCUGAAACAACUGUCACCUCUCGAGGACAAGCUGAGGAAGAGUCACCUUCACAGGAAGAGACGAUUGCCCCUGGGGAAAUAGCCCAGGGCUCUGUGUCCACCACUGGGCCAGAUUGAAACAUCGAGGGGGAGGGGGAAACCCUCUUCCCCUCUGGGCCGUAAGCAGCCAGCAUCAGGGCCACGGGCUGGUACUUAGAUUCACAAAAUGCCACAUCACCAGACUGGAAGAAGCUUCCAAGAUGUUGCCAAACUAGAGGAUCAGCAACGUAUAAAAAGCACUAAAGGCUCUUCCCUUCCUCCUUUCCACCUCACACUUUGGAAGAUAAGCAAGUCAACUUUCUAAUUCAGGGAUCAACAGCCUUGGUUUGUUAACUUUAUAAGAAAAAAAUUUUUUUUUAGCAAAACAAUGAUAAAUGGUCAUUUAUCUACCAGUCAUGUUUGAACACUGGACUUCGGUCCAUAUCAUCUUGAUGGCUGUAAUUGCCCAGAUCUAAAAAAUGCAGCAGGAGCCUUGGUCAUCUGAACCAGCCAGCCAUAGGAGAGAAGGAGGUAGUCAUGAUGGUGAUAAUGAGGAGGAAUUUCUCCUCAUACUUCCCUGCCAAAAAGUGCAGUUUCAUGUUUCAAGAAAUUAAUUAAUCCUGGUGCUCCUUAUUGUUUUGAAAUGUUAGACUUUAUGUUUGCUCUGGCUAGGCAGCUGGUAUUUGCCUGGUUGUUUCAUGUAAGCAGCCAUCUUGGAGUAGUGUUCUAGCGGACAGCAUCACCUGAAGCGCUUUAGGCAACUGGAAGUAAAUGAGCAGCAGAGUAUGCAAUGGGUGCAUCUACAUUUGGGGGCUUAAAUGUUGUGUUAAGGAAAAGGGAAGCAGGGAAGGAAGUGUUUUUAUGUUUUGCAAAUGUUGAACAGGACAGAGCCAUACUGCGACUUCCUGACUGGUAUUUGUAAACCAUAGUGCUCAGACAUCUUCAAAUGUUAGGAAAUGGCUCUAGUCCAGAUGAAGUAAUGUGUUAGGCUGACUACCAAAGUUUCAUCCCAUCUCUUUGGCUCCUAGUUUCACAUAACAGCAAUAUCGUACAUCAAAAUGUCAUUUCCAGUGUAAUGAGCCUGAUUGUAUUUUUGAAUCCACAGGUCUCCAUAUUUGAUAACUUUUAUAUGAAGUUUUAAACACACUUUUUCUGCAAUAUUGUGGUUGAAGAAAUUCAACACUAUGGUUCUUAUUGCGACCACAAUUCCAUUUCCUUCUACAUAUGUUAUAUUUUCAGUCCAGUAGAACCUCGCUAAAUCCGUGUCUCGGGUCUGCAAACCUAGUGAUUCAUAAGCCAACCAUCAGCAAAUU